AUGUGGAAACUUGAAACACCACAUGCAGAGCUCUCCACUGUCCAGAUCUCCAAGGGCAGUCUUGGCAGGCUACAAUUCAUCAGCGUUUCUCACCAACAGAGUCCAAACAACACCAUACACCGUCGUAAUGGCAUAGUGUGUCCUGUAACGGCACACGAGUCCCGAUAUGUUCGCUGUUUAUACAUUAGAGGACCCAGGCGAUGGUCUUAUUCAGGCACCAAAACUCAACUUCAAAAAGUCGCGCCUCGGCUGCCAGCGAUGCAAAGCCAGGAAGGUCAAGGUACGCACUGUAAUGAAGAGCGUCCAAAAUGUCAACACUGCAAGCGUCAUGGCACCUCGUGCAUUUAUGACAACCUUCGAGGUACAAUUACGUCAACUGGAAGGAAAUCAAGACCAAGAGCAAAUAACAGUGCGGUUGAAACACAGGCGUGUAAGGAUGAGAACGAAGGUGACAUUCCAGAGAGCCGCGAGCGACGGAUGCUAGAGAUCGGAUUGAUGCGUCACUUUGUGACCAAGACCGGGCCAGAAACAGCAAUUGACGAAGUGACCCAACCCUUGAUAUGUGAGGCGGUGCCAGAUCAGUCUCUCAACUGUGACUCUCUGCUAUACGCCAUGUUUUCAACAACCGCGCUUCAUCAGGUCUGCACUCAGCAUACUCAGGAUCCAUCAUCCACAAUGGCGGUACAUCGCAGAUACCUGUCAAUGGCCUUGCUUAGGCAUCAACAGUCUCUUGACCACAUCGCUGCUGACAAUUUAGAUGCUAUCUGCCUAACUUCUGCCAUGCUGCGUGUAUGUUCCUGGGCAAUGCUCCAGACACGAACACGGCAACCAUACUCACCCCCGAUGGAGUGGCUCAUGAUAUCUGGAACCGUUACCGCACUUCAUCAGAAGGCGUGGUCAAUCGCCAAAGACCGACCCCAUUCCAUUGCUUAUAAGUACCUGAGCAGCCCGAAGACCAUGGAGAAUGCGAAAAAGUCUGGUGAAGGCUCAAUGCACAAUUUCGCAUAUUUACUCACGCGCGACGAGACCGAUGUCGACACAGAACUGUGGGAUGGAGACACAGAUCAGGCCUAUGUCGAGGCGCUGAACUUCCUUGGGGAAGCACAACGGUCAAUGGAGGCAGGCCUCGAAGGGGAUGCUUGCCGAAAAUUGAUCAUCUUCCCUAUGCUGAUUCGAAAAAGGCUUUUGAGCCUAAUAGGAGAGUCCCAACCACGAGCUUUAGUUUUGCUCGCACAUUUUUUUGCCUUGACGAGUAGGUUUGGUCACUUCUGGUGGAUUGGACAAGGACCAGCGCAAGAAGUUCAAGCAAUUGCGGCGGAGCUGUCGUCUAUCUAUAGGUGGAAGCGAAUGCUUGAGUGGCCCCUUCGUAGGCUAACAUCACAAGUGCCAAGGUAG